GGCGGCAGGGCGGGCCGGGGGCGCGGCCCCGCGUUGGCCCGUCCCCCCUGUGUCGGCCAUCUUUCAAUUGUGCUCGCAGCCGCCGCCACCAGCAGCAGCGGCCGCCGCAGCUCCGGCUCCUCCUCGCGCCCGCCCUCGGCCCGCCCUCCUUCCUCCUCCCUCCCUCCUCCCUCCCGCUCGGCAGCCGCUCGCCCAGGCGGACGGGGUGUAAGGCAGCGACGUCGGCAGCAGCAGCAUGGCCCGUACGAAGCAGACGGCGCGUAAGUCGACAGGCGGGAAGGCGCCCCGCAAGCAGCUGGCCACCAAGGCGGCCCGCAAGAGCGCGCCGGCCACGGGCGGCGUCAAGAAGCCGCACCGCUACCGACCUGCAAUGUACAAUUAUGUUUUGAAUACUAAUUGUCUUUUUUUUAUUAUGAUCGUGCAUUUCUAAAGGCCCGGCACUGUGGCGCUGCGCGAGAUCCGGCGCUACCAGAAGUCCACGGAGCUGCUGAUCCGCAAGCUGCCCUUCCAGCGCCUGGUGCGCGAGAUCGCGCAGGACUUCAAGACCGACCUGCGCUUCCAGAGCGCUGCUAUUGGUGCUUUGCAGGAGGCAAGUGAAGCCUACUUGGUUGGCCUGUUUGAAGAUACCAACCUGUGUGCUAUCCAUGCCAAACGCGUCACAAUCAUGCCAAAAGAUAUCCAGCUAGCACGCCGCAUCCGUGGGGAGCGUGCCUAAACUUCACCACCAUGGGUUUGUCAUUCUCGAAGCAAAAUCUUCUUCCUGUUAUUGGUAGUAAUGAACGUUAGAUAUUUUUUCCAUGGGGUUCAAAGUUACCUGAGUAUAUGGUUGCAAAUGGAAAACUAGGGGGACAGAAUUGGGUAUUGGCAAGGUUUUUUUUUGUUUGUUUCCAUUUUCAUUUGUGUGUGGAUUUUUAAUAUAAAGGAGGGGACAAAACAUUAAUGCGGUCACCAAAAUGGCAGCGUGAACAAGUUUCGACAAUUCAGCUUUAUAAAAAAACAAAGGCAAAAAAAAAAAAAUAGUAUAAAUAAGCCUGUCAAAUUUUUCUGGACGAUGCCAGCAUUUGGAUUUUUUUAAACAAGUCAAUUUCUUACCAAUGGCAACUAAAUGGUGUUUGUAGCAUUUUUAUCAUACAGUAGUUUCCAUCCAUUCACUAUACUUUUCUAACUGAGUUGUCCUACAUGCAAGUACAUGUUUUUAAUGUCGUCUGUCUUCUGUGCUGUUCCUGUAAGUUUGCUAUUAAAAUACAUUAAAUGAA